GAAAUCAUGUCUGCCCAUCCAAUCUAAAUCAAGCCUCAAUAAAACAACCUUUCCGCGUUUUCCACUAAUAUCACGCUGAUUAAAUACUACAGUAGUAAUUAGUAACAACACCUAACUUUCUCUCUCUAGCUUUAGCUUGCUUAAACAAUUAAGUUUUCACUUUCAUACACACUCCACUCCAUUUUAGCUGCACGACAAUACAUCAUUAUCAGUAUCAAUACCUACUUCGAUCUGACCAAUAAUCGCCGUCAGAUUUGAACGACUUCCUCAACGUCAACUUUUUAUCUUCAUUCAUUGGUUCUUCCACGUUUGACUUGAGUACUACAAACGUUGAACAAACUUUCACUUGGUAAAACAUUCAUACUGCAGAUUUAUCUAACUUUUUCUCUGAUUUUGAGUUUCAAAUUCAUAUCAUUUUUCGGGAGAUUUCGAGGUGAAGAUGGAGAGUUUGAUGGAUGACGAGUUUGUGGAAGUCAAGGCGAAGAAUUCGUCGGAAGAAGCUCUUCGGAGAUGGCGGAGUCUUUGCUGGUUGGUGAAGAAUCCAAAGCGUCGAUUUCGUUUCACUGCGAAUCUUAAAAAACGUUCUGAAGCUCAGGCUAUUCGUCGUUCUAAUCAGGAGAAGUUGAGAGUUGCACUGUUGGUCUCACAAGCUGCUCUCCAGUUUAUACAGGGUGUAUCAUAUUCUCCACCUGAGGAAGUCAAAUCUGCUGGGUUUGAGAUUUGUGCUGAUGAGUUAGGAUCCAUUGUGGAGUAUCGCAACAAGAGGAAGCUGAAAGAUCAUGGUGGAGUCGAGGGUAUCAUAAAGAAGCUCUCUACCUCAACCGUGAACGGAAUAUCUACUGCUGAGGAGUUGGUGAACCAAAGGAAGGAAAUUUAUGGUGUCAAUAGAUUCAUUGAAAGUCCACCUAAGGGUUUCUUAGUUUAUGUGUGGGAAGCCCUUCAAGACAUGACUCUUAUGAUACUUGGAGUUUGUGCAGUUGUUUCUCUGUUUGUUGGCCUUUUAAUGGAAGGGUGGCCCAAGGGUGCCCAUGAUGGUCUUGGAAUUGUGGCUAGCAUUUUGUUAGUUGUAUUUGUAACUGCAACAAGUGAUUAUAGGCAGUCAUUGCAGUUUAAGGAUUUGGAUAAGGAGAAAAAGAAGAUCACAGUUCAGGUUACUAGAGAUGGUUGUAGACAAAAAUUAUCAAUAUAUGACCUACUGCCGGGGGAUUUUGUUCAUCUUGCCAUUGGAGAUCAGGUCCCAGCUGAUGGACUUUUUGUUUCAGGAUAUUCUGCUGUUAUUGACGAGUCAAGUUUGACUGGAGAGAGUGAACCCAUUCAUGUUAACACAGAGCAUCCUUUUCUUUUGUCGGGAACUAAAGUUCAGGAUGGGUCAUUGAAAAUGCUUGUUACCACUGUGGGCAUGAGGACGCAAUGGGGUAAAUUGAUGGCUACUAUUAGUGAAGAAGGUGAUGAUGAAACGCCCCUGCAGGUGAAAUUGAAUGGAGUAGCAACUGUCAUUGGAAAAAUUGGCCUCUUCUUUGCAGUGAUUACUUUUGCUGUGAUGCUUCAAGGAUUAUUCAGCCGCAAGUUACAAGAUGGUUAUGUAUGGAGUUUAUCUGCUGAUGAUGCUGUUGAGAUCUUGGAAUAUUUUGCCAUUGCCGUUACAAUUGUUGUCGUUGCAGUUCCUGAGGGACUACCUUUGGCUGUGACUUUGAGCCUUGCUUUUGCAAUGAAGAAAAUGAUGAACGACAAGGCUCUUGUUCGUAACCUUGCUGCCUGUGAGACAAUGGGAUCUGCUACUACUAUCUGCAGUGAUAAAACAGGGACACUUACAACUAAUCAUAUGACUGUUGUCAAAGCUCACAUUUGUGGAAAAACUUUGGAAUCUAGCAGCUUCAAGGAGUCUCACACUUCAUCUGAAAUUCCUCAUUCUGCUCAAAAAAUUCUUGUAGAAUCAAUUUUCAACAAUACUGGGGGAGAAGUUGUUAGAGCCAAAGACAACAAAAUUGAGAUCUUAGGAAGUCCCACUGAAACUGCUCUCUUGGAGUUUGGAUUAUUACUCGGUGGUGAUUUCAUGACAGAGCGUGAAGCAUCCAAAAUUGUCAAAGUGGAACCUUUCAAUUCUUCAAAGAAGAGAAUGGGAGUGAUUCUAGAUAUCCCUAGUGGAGGUCUGAGGGCGCAUUGUAAGGGUGCUUCUGAGAUUAUUUUGGCUGCUUGUGACAAGGUUGUUGACUCAGAUGGUGUUAUUGUCUCCCUUGAUAAAUCAUCAGUUGAACAUUUAAAUGCAACAAUUGAAGAGUUUGCUAAUGAUGCUCUUCGCACUUUGUGUCUUGCUUAUCAAGAUUUAGAAGAAAGUUUUUCUGCUGAUAGUUCUAUUCCUGAAAACGGAUACACCUGCAUUGCUAUAGUAGGCAUCAAAGAUCCAGUCCGUCCUGGUGUCAAGGAAUCUGUUGCAAUCUGCAGGUCAGCUGGUAUUACUGUCCGUAUGGUAACCGGAGAUAACAUAAAUACUGCGAAGGCAAUUGCUAGAGAAUGUGGGAUUCUCACUGAUGACGGAAUAGCUAUUGAAGGUCCCGAGUUUCGUGAGAAGAGUCUAGAAGAAUUGAUUGAACUGAUACCUAAAAUUCAGGUUAUGGCUCGAUCUUCGCCAAUGGAUAAGCACACCCUUGUAAGACAUUUGCGGACCACCCUUGGAGAAGUUGUGGCAGUGACUGGAGAUGGUACAAAUGAUGCUCCUGCCCUUCAUGAAGCAGAUAUAGGCCUUGCUAUGGGAGUUGCUGGAACUGAGGUGGCAAAAGAGAGUGCUGAUGUCAUUAUUUUGGAUGACAAUUUUUCUACAAUUGUAACCGUGGCUAGAUGGGGACGCUCUGUAUAUACGAAUAUUCAGAAAUUUGUACAGUUCCAGUUAACAGUCAACAUUGUUGCCCUUAUUGUCAACUUCUCUUCAGCCUGUUUGACCGGAAGUGCUCCGCUUACUGCUGUUCAGCUUUUAUGGGUUAACAUGAUAAUGGACACCCUUGGAGCCCUUGCACUGGCCACGGAGCCACCCAACGAUGAGUUAAUGAAGCGGCAACCUGUUGGAAGGAAAGGAAGCAUUAUUAGUAAUGUGAUGUGGAGGAAUAUACUGGGGCAAUCCAUGUAUCAAUUUGUUGUUAUAUGGUUCCUACAGGCCAGGGGAAAAUCGGCUUUUGGGCUCAGUGGUCCUGAUUCUGAUUUGAUACUGAACACACUUAUUUUCAAUUCAUUCGUCUUCUGCCAGGUGUUCAAUGAAAUCAGCUCCAGGGAGAUGGAGAAGAUUAAUGUGUUUGCAGGGAUCCUAAACAACUACGUAUUUGUGUCUGUUCUCACCGCAACAGCUAUUUUCCAAGUUAUAAUUAUCGAGUUUCUUGGUGCAUUUGCAAACACAACUCCACUUACAUCAAGUCAGUGGUUUGUGAGCAUAUUGUUCGGGUUUCUUGGCAUGCCAAUUGCUGCUGCUUUGAAGAUGAUCCCAAUAUGAUGGUGCGGGUUAAGUUGGAGAAGAGAAUUUAGUAAAUUACUGCUUCCAGCCCUUUGUGCCACGGCCCGACGCAAUGAUCCUUGCAAAUUGCAAGUUCAACUUUGUGAUUGAUACGACAUCUGAUGAUUAUUUUGCGUCCUUCCAAGAACAAGGGUAAUUUUGCAAGCGCAGAUUGCUUAUGUCUAAUUUCUAGAACAGUGGAACUUGAUGAUUUGCUAAAUUGAUUGGUGAAAUCUCAGACAUGCAGAAAGCUGUAGCUGAUUUUGUUAGACGUGGAUUUCAACCUGGCACUAUUAACUCUCAUGUUAAUGGAAAAUCGCCUGUGUAACCCAUCUCUGAGGUGAUGACUCGACAUAUUGUGUUCAUUCUUGGCAAUAUAUAGGCCAUACAUUCAUGUAUUUUCUUCAGUUUUAGGUCUGAAACGCAAUAUAUUCACGAUUCCGAUCAGCCAUGUCUUUCUCUAAUUAUUUUUUUUUUUUUUUUUUCUGAGGGGAUCUUCAAUAGUUACUUAUCGUUGAAUGGAAGAAAAAGAAAUGAUGCUUUAUCUAUUUCUUUCAUAA